AUGAAGUGUGCUAUCUUUGCUCUAGCUGUGCUGAUCCCAUGCUGUUUGGGUUCCCGGCCCCUCAUCAUUGGUGGAAAAGAGUCUACCCCACACAGCCGACCCUACCAGGUGGGAAUGAUGUCAAAGAAAAUGAAAAUAUUCUGCGGGGCCUCGUUAAUUCACAACAACUGGGUUGUCACUGCCGCACACUGUGCGCCUAAAGACACCAGUGUUGUCGCACGCGUUGGUCUCGGGUAUCACGAGAGAGAUCAACACGAUGGACCAAACCAGCAGGUUAUAACAGGCAAAUGGAUCCGCCAUGCUGAGUACGGUCUUGGUGGGCACAAUUAUAACAACGACAUAGCCUUAAUCCAGCUAGACACUCCCGCCGUCUACAACACCGAUGUUCAACCAAUCAGCAUUAGCUUUAACCCCCCUACGGAGGGCCUGGAGUUGCUCGUUAGCGGUUGGGGAAGAUUAGACACCAAAGCAAGCGUAAUGGCAGCUCCUAUUGAACUGAAUGAGGUUGUAGAGUACGCAAAGAGUCUCCAAGACUGUAAAAAAGCCUACAAAAAAGCAACACCUAACAUGUUUUGUGCUGGUGUUCCCAAUGGAGGGAAAGGUUCCUGUCAAGGUGACAGCGGUGGUCCAAUUGUCAGUAACUUCGCCAAGUCCUCGCAUGUGCCUAAAGUGCGCCUUAGAGGUAUCGUCAGCUGGGGCACCGGUUGCGCCUUGGCAAAGUAUCCCGGCGUAUACACAAAGAUAUCAAACUACUGUGCCUGGAUAAAUGAAAAGACAAACGGAGACGUUACAUCUGUGCUGAUCCCAAGCUGUUUGGGUUCCCUCAUUGUGGGUGGACAUGAGUCUGUCGCACACAGCCGACCUUACCAAGUAGCCAUCUUGCAGUCAACUAAAAAUUUCUUCUGUGGAGGUACUUUAGUGCAUCCAAAUUGGGUUAUCAGCGGCGCACAAUGUUCCCUUUUUGGAGACGGUUCCAAAGGUAACGUUGGCCUCGGGUACCAUAACAUUAAGCAACACGAUGGUCCGAAUCAGCAGUUUAUCCAAGGUACUUGGAUAAUACACAGCCAAUAUGGUCAAGGCAGUCACUCAAUGGAUAACGACAUCGCCUUGAUUCAUCUUGACACACCCGCUUCUCUGAACAGCGACGUUCAAGCUAUCGGCAUUGCUUCCAGCGAGCCCAAGACGGGGGCUGAACUGCUCGUUAGCGGCUGGGGAAGCACUCACCCAUCUAUCUGGGAACGCCCAGACAAGCUGCAAGAGGCAAUUAUUUUUAAGAACAGUCCCGAGGAUUGUAAAAACGCCUAUGGAAGCACUAUUAUCAGUGAUAACAUGUUCUGCGCUAGUGUUAAAGGAGGAACUAAAGACUCCUGCCGGGGUGACAGCGGUGGACCAAUCGUCAGUAACUUCGCUGCCGACUCCCACCAGACAGGUGUGCAGCUAGACGGUAUUAUUAGUUGGGGCUACGGCUGCGCAAAAGCCUCACAUCCUGGAGUCUACACCAAGAUAUCAAACUAUUGUGACUGGAUUUACCAGAAAACAGGUGGCGAAGUCAAAUGUGUGUAAAAUAUAAAUCCAAUGCUGUCUAAAACAGCCUUAUAAAUAGUGACUGAUUAUUUGUGGUGAAUUAAGUUGCACCGUCGCUUAAUUAAACCCCCAGGACCAAAAUUGACCGCAUGCUGACUCGGACGGUGGUUAUAAAAGGGAUUUUUAGCUCAGACCCUUAUGACCCUUUUCUGGGUUAUUUUGACUUAGAUUUCUGGUCAACCAGGAACCAGGUCAGAG